GGCCAAUUGCCAUGCAACGUGGGAUCAAAUGUCGCACUUUGGACCUGUUUGCUUGUCCACAAGUCCAGAAUCCGUUUGCAAGCCGUGGCACGCAAACAACCUUCUCCUUUUUUUUUUUUUUUUUUUUUUUUCAACAUCCGUCAUCGAAUCAUGCAGACCAAGGCUGGGUCAGCCAAGAGCACUGCCACUGCGCGACAAAACAAGUCACUCAUCAUAAUUAACGAAUUGAUAAAAAGAAUUCCCAUUCCCGAUGAUUUUACGUUAGCUGGACCGCCCCCCUUCAACCUGCCAACUCUGCCUCUUGCGUCUAGGCGGGCGGAAAGAGGGAUUGCCAUGGGAUUGGCAGCCUUGGCAGACACCUUGAGACACCAAGUCCACGCCGUCCGUCCGCCAAUCCUCUUUUCCACCCCUUUCAACUAUUCAACAUGAUCGUCCAACUCAUGCUCAUCUUCCAUUCUUUUGCUGGAGAACAUCCCCGAUUUUCAUCAAAUGCGUCCAUCUCGCGUUUCAGAAUGGCUCACUAUUCUUGUUGAUCUAAAUCCCAGUCUUCAGGUCCGCAAAAUCGCAAACAGCCAAACAGAUUUUAGUUUUCAGCCUCCCUGCGCAAUUCAGGUUUGAAAAAGUGGCCUACGAGGGUGCGAGCUUUUUUGCCCCAGCUCGUAUAAAGGAGCAGCCAGUGAAGCUGUCUUACAGGAUUACUGUGUUUUCGGCCCCAAAAAAAUCCUUCCCGUACAGUAGAUACAGCAGCACGCUUGAUGGUUUUGGUGGACCUUAUCAUUGUCAAGGGACAAAGAAAGGACAAAUAAACAAAGACCCACGUCAUCUGCCAGGUCUGGAUUUUCUUGGGAGGCUGCAAAGCCUGCAAAAGCGUGCAAAAGCCUGCUCUUUGCUGUUCAUGGAACCUCCUUGCUCCUCAAAAAGACAAAAAAAAAGCCGCCCCGUUUUGAACAAACCACUCGGCACGGCGUGGCAUUUGCCAAUGAACAGCCACGCCGGGACGCCCAUUUCAUCAUCGAUUGAUUCUCCCGCGUCUUCCCGCGCACCAGUUCAGACCGCCCUAUAAGAGGGUUACUUCUUGUUUCUAAGUCUUUUUUUUUUGUUGGCGUGCCGUACUCCGUGAAUAUAUGUUUGCUUUCUCGCGACUUGCCUCCAACGUGCGCUUAUAACAAACGGUAAAGGUCAAAAGAAAAAGAGUGAGGCACAGGCAAGACAAGAAUGGAAACAUAAGAUGCACGUUGGAUUUAGACCCCGGUUGGCUGAGCCAUCAGCCGCACAACAGCAAUACAGAAAAAAAAUACCGUGACUUGGCUGAGAUGCACAGGUGACGCACUUGAAACAACUGUGUUCGUUCCUGGAUAACAUCAUCAUGGUACGGUACGUACCACUUUAAAUCAAAAUGGGCGGAGACUCGAUCCAAAUAUUUUCACCAUGAUAAUCUAGACCAGACCCGCGCAUACUAUCAAGGAAGCCAGCACGAGGUUGUGGUAUAUGUAAAGCGGACCGAUCUUCAAUGAGGCUUUACUUGUGCAUAGGGCAAGUAAUCUCCAGGGACUUGCCCGGCCGGCCAAUUAGCCAAGCAAAAGAACAAAAUUGAAAUGAACUCUCUCCAUGCUAAACGCCGAUUGAAUGCAUCAAGGCGACACAAGAAAAUAAAUGUAAAAAAACAAAUAAAAAACACACAAACACACACAUCAACUCAUACAAGCUGCAGAUAGCUUGCUGGAACACUCUUUGUCAAACCGCCCUUCUCCACCUCGGCCCAUCCAUCCCCUGGGUCUUCCUUGAUGAGCACCAGCCUCUCGCCCUCGACGAUGCUGUGCUCGGCGUCGCUCUGCGCCGUAUAGUCGUACAUGACAUCUACAUGCCUUACCGCCUUCUUCGCUCCGCGCCGAGGUGCCACCGCCGGCCCCUUCUUCUUGACCGCGGGCGCGGUCCCGCCGAUUGAUGAACCGCUGUUUGAAUAGAUCGAGCCCGGGCGGCCUGAUGCACCAGUGUGCUGAGGUGCCAUCACUGGCGGCGGUGCGAUCACGGUUGCCGAUGGCGCCCCGGCUGGUGCCAGCUCGACGUACGUCGCGGGCACAAGCCCUUCCUUGUAUCCUGCCCGAACUUUGAUCCAUCCCGAUCCAGCUGUGAACGAUAAGAUGUUGUUAGUAAACUCUGGAGCAAAAUGGAGCAAUCAAGGCCAAAGUUCCGUGUGCCACUCACUAUCUGGUUCGAGAAUCACGAGAUCCCGCCCUGCCGGCACCGUGAGCUCGCCCUCGCCAUUGGCAUCAAAGCCGUAUAGCAUCUUGCCCUUCUGCUCCGGUGUCUUGCCUGCGCCAAUCCCUGAGCUGCCGUUCGCCGGGGAGCUCCCAGGCAGUUCGCUGAUAUAUGCAGCGGGAGGUGGGGCGAUAACC